AUGGCGGACCAAAAUAUUUCACAGUACAAGUACUCGGCGAUGUCCAACCUGGUUCUCCAGGCGGACCGUCGUUUUAUCUCUCGCGUCAAUGAUGAGGCCACCGGAGACCCAGAAUCGCUUGCCGGCCGCAUUGGUAUCCGGGAAAUGGGAUCCAGAAUCGCACGCGAUGACGCACCGAAAUCCAAGAAAAAGGCCGUCGGACCGAUCGACAUCGAACGAGGUGCUAUUCGAGAAGGCGAAGACGUUCUUGCGCGCGAACAGAAGAAGCGGCAAAAAGGGCAAACAACCCAACUCCGUGGCCAGGGAAUUCUUACCGCUGCCGAUGCCCUCGUCGAAGGCCUCAAAUAUCGCCCUCGCACGCCAGCCACCCGAGCCACGUACGACUUAAUCCUCACAUUAACUGCAAGCCGUCUCGGCGACGUUUCACACGAAGUUGUCAGGAGUGCUACCGAUGCGGUAUUGGAGGUCUUGAAAGACGAGGAAAUGAGAGACUUCGAUAAAAAGAAAGAAGUCGAUGAUUUACUUGGCACUUCGCUGGAUCCAAAAGAGUUUAAUGAGCUGGUUAAUCUCGGAAAGAAGAUUACAGAUUACGAUGCGCAAGACGAAGAUGAAGAGAUGGGAGACGGAGCUGCGGGAGAAGAUGAGGCAGAACUCGAUGAGCGACAAGGUGUUGCUGUGGUCUUUGACGAAGACGAGGAUGAAGACCGCAUGGGCACCGUGGAUGAAGUACACGAUGAAGACGAGUCAGAGGAAGAAGAAGAACAAAGAGAUUCAGGUGAUGAGGAGACUGGCGUAAAAGAAGCUCCGGAGGACUUACCCACGGAAGAGAUGGUCAUUGAUGGCGGAUUAGACCAAGAUGGUGACCGACAAAAGAAAGGACUCAAAGUUCACGCUCGCGACAUCGAUGCUUACUGGCUACAGCGCCAAAUUGGAUCUGCAUACUCCGACGCCCAUAUUCAGCAAGAGAAGGCCACUCAAGCACUCGAAGUUAUGGGCGGCAAAACGGAGGAUGGUUCAGAGAGGUCGUUGCGAGAUGUGGAAAAUGAUCUCAUGGAGCUUUUUGAUUACGACUAUCCAGAACUUGUCGCCAAGCUUGUCACGAACCGAGAUAAAGUUGUUUGGACUACUCGCUGGCGACGAGUGGCUGAAGAUGCCGACGCACGUCACCUAGUGGAGAGCGAAAUGGUCGAGGCUGGACAUCGUGCUAUCCUGGAUGAGAUUCGUGGGAAGACGGCCCGUGAUGACGACCCAGGUCGCCCCGAAAAGAGAAUCAAAAUGGACCUUGCGGACGUUGAUAUGCCCAAUGCCCCCGCCGCCGCCGCCGAGGAGAAGCCCGCGGAAGGUGGAUUAGUUAGAGGAUUGCAACCCAAACGCUUGAUCAACUUGGAAAAUCUCGUAUUCCAUCAGGGCAACCAUCUGAUGACGAACCCCAACGUCAAAUUGCCUCAAGGCUCUACAAAACGGACGUUUAAGGGAUACGAGGAAAUCCAUGUGCCGCAACCAAAGCCUAAGCAGGAGCCCGGAGAAAGGAAAGUCGCAGUUUCAGAGCUUCCUGAAUGGGCACGUCUUGGUUUUGGAGAAGCCAAGGAGCUCAAUCGAAUCCAAACCAAAUGCUACCCUUCUGCCUUCCAGGAUGAUGGAAACAUGCUUGUCUGUGCCCCCACAGGAUCUGGAAAGACCAACGUGGCCAUGCUUAGCAUCCUUCGUGAAGUUGGGAAAAACCGCAACCCUGAGACAGGAGAGAUUAUGCUCGAUGAUUUCAAGAUCAUCUACAUCUCCCCUCUGAAGGCUCUUGUGCAAGAGCAGGUUGAAAACUUUGGCAAGCGUCUCGCCCCUUACGGUAUCAGGGUAUCAGAGUUGACUGGUGAUCGUCAACUUACGAAGCAACAAAUUGCCGAGACUCAGGUCAUUAUCACAACCCCGGAAAAGUUUGAUGUUAUUACGCGAAAGGCGUCAGAGACCAGCUACACCAAGCUUGUUCGUUUGGUUAUCAUUGACGAAAUCCAUCUUCUUCACGACGAGCGUGGCCCUGUCCUUGAGAGCAUCGUCAGCAGAACUAUUCGUCAGGUUGAGCAAACCGGCGACCCGGUCAGAAUUGUCGGUCUCAGUGCCACCCUUCCAAACUACCGCGAUGUCGGAAGCUUCCUUCGUGUUGAUCCCCAGAGAGGGAUGUUCCACUUUGAUGGUUCCUACCGACCCUGCCCCUUGAAGCAAGAAUUCAUUGGUGUUACGGAUAAGAAACCUAUUAAGCAAUUGAAAAUUAUGAACGACAUUUGCUAUAACAAAGUUAUUGAACACGUUGGGCAAAAUAGAAACCAAAUGCUUAUUUUUGUCCACUCUCGGAAGGAGACGGCGAAAACUGCGAAAUACCUCAGAGACAAGGCUUUGGAAAUGGAAACAAUCGGACAAAUUUUGAAGAGUGACUCGGCAAGCAGAGCUAUCCUCGCUGAAGAGGCCGAGUCGGUCAAUGACGCUUCGCUGAAAGAUAUUCUUCCUUAUGGCUUCGGUAUCCACCAUGCUGGUUUGAGUCUUGCGGACCGUGAUUCGGUCCAAGCGCUUUUCAAAGAUGGUAGCAUUCAGGUCCUCGUAUGUACAGCAACCCUUGCCUGGGGUGUUAACUUGCCCGCGCACACCGUCAUCAUCAAGGGAACCCAGGUUUACUCCCCGGAGAAGGGUAGCUGGGUGGAAUUGAGUCCUCAGGAUGUCCUCCAAAUGUUAGGACGAGCCGGACGACCGCAGUAUGAUACCUAUGGUGAGGGCAUUAUCAUCACUACACAGGCUGAAAUUCAGUAUUAUCUCUCGUUGAUGAACCAGCAAUUGCCGAUUGAGAGUCAACUCAUGGGCAAGCUAGCGGACAACAUGAACGCGGAGAUUGUGCUUGGCAGCAUUCGUACACGAGACGAGGGUGUGGACUGGCUUGGGUACACCUAUCUAUUCGUCCGCAUGCUGCGCUCCCCAGGUCUAUACAGUGUCGGCGCGGAUUAUGAGAAUGACGAUGCACUAGAGCAGAAAAGAGUUGAUCUUGUUCAUUCAGCCGCCGUACUCUUGGAGAAGGCUGGACUUGUCAAAUAUGACAAAAAGACUGGACGACUACAAUCCACAGAGCUUGGGCGGAUUGCUUCGCACUAUUACAUCGGUCACAACUCCAUGCUAACGUACAACCAACACCUCCAACCGUCCAUCAGCGGCAUCGAGCUUUUCCGAAUCUUCGCGCUGAGCGAUGAGUUUAAGUAUAUUCCUGUCCGUCAGGAUGAGAAGCUUGAACUGGCCAAGAUGCUGGGCCGUGUGCCCGUUCCAGUCAAGGAGGGUAUAGAUGAACCUCACUCAAAGAUCAACGUUUUGCUACAGGCCUACAUCUCUAGGUUGAAACUAGAGGGACUUGCCUUGAUGGCAGACUUGGUCUAUGUGACCCAAUCGGCUGGGCGUAUUAUCCGCGCUCUAUUUGAAAUUUGCUUGAGGAGGGGCUGGGCGUCUGUGGCUAAGAAUGCUCUUGACCUUUGCAAAAUGGCUGAGCGAAGAAUGUGGCCGACCAUGAGCCCGCUGCGCCAGUUCCCACGAUGCCCUAGGGACGUCCUUCAGAAAUCUGAGCGAAUCGACGUGCCCUGGGGUAGCUACUUCGACCUAGACCCCCCUCGCAUGGGCGAACUUCUCGGCAUGCCCAGAGCUGGUCAGACUGUUUGCGACUUGGUUUCCAAGUUCCCUCGUCUGGAAGUUCAAGCUCAGGUUCAACCCAUCACACGCUCCAUGCUGAGGGUUGAGUUGACGAUUACCCCCAACUUCGUGUGGGACGAAGAGUUGCAUGGAACUGCGCAGGACUUCUGGAUCAUGGUCGAGGACUGCGAUGGCGAGGAGAUUCUGUUCCACGAUCAAUUCGUCCUGCGCAAGGACUAUGCCGAGUCGGAGAUGAAUGAGCAUCUUGUCGAAUUCACUGUUCCUAUCACCGAGCCUAUGCCGCCUAACUACUUUAUUUCUCUUGUCUCUGACCGUUGGAUGCAUUCGGAAACUCGCAUUGCCGUGUCCUUCCAGAAAUUGACCCUUCCAGAGAGGUUCCCUCCUCAUACUCCAUUGCUUGACAUGCAGCGAGCUCCAGUUAAGGCUCUCAAGCGCGACGAGUACCAGCGACUGUACCCUGAUUGGGAGUACUUCAACAAGAUCCAAACGCAGACUUUCAAAUCCCUAUUCGACAGCGACGACAACGUCUUCGUUGGUGCCCCCACGGGCAGUGGUAAGACCGUUUGCGCGGAGCUGGCGAUACUGCGUCAUUGGACCCAGGAAGACAGCGGCAGAGCGGUCUACGUUGCUCCGUUCCAGGAGCUCAUUGAUCUCCGCCUUGAGGACUGGAAGAAGAGGUUGGGCAACUUGGCUGGUGGCAAGACCAUCGCUAAGCUUACGGGAGAAACGACUGCCGAUCUGAAGGUUCUGGCCGGAGCCGACCUUAUUCUGGCUACCCCCACACAAUGGGAUGUGCUUUCUAGACAGUGGCAGAAACGCAAGAAUGUCCGCGCCGUUGAGUUAUUCAUUGCGGACGAGCUACACAUGCUCGGAGGCUAUGGUGGAUAUGUAUACGAAGUUGUGGUUUCCCGCAUGCAUUCCAUGGCACUCCAAACUGAAAGUGGCAUGCGUAUUGUCGGUCUCAGUGUUCCGCUUGCCAACGCUCGGGAUAUUGGGGAGUGGAUUGGAGCCAGCAAGCAUACCAUUUAUAACUUCAGUCCUCACGCUCGGCCAGUACCUCUGGAGCUGCAUAUUCAGUCCUUUAGCAUACCCCAUUUCCCUUCGAUGAUGUUAGCCAUGGCAAGGCCGGCUUAUCUUUCAAUUCUCCAGCUGUCUGCUGACAAGCCCGCCCUGAUCUUUGUGCCCAACCGAAAGCAAACCCGCUCAACCGCUAUAGAUCUCUUAACUGCUUGCGGCAUUGAUGACGACGAAGACCGGUUCCUCCAUGCCGACGUCGAAGAGCUACGUCCCCUGCUCAGCCGUGUCCAGGAACGUACACUGGCCGAAUCGCUUUCUCAUGGUAUCGGAUAUUAUCACGAGGCUCUGAGUCAGACCGAUAAGCGUAUCGUUUCUCAUCUUUACAACAUCGGCGCAGUUCAAGUGGUCAUUGCCUCGCGCGAUGUCUGUUGGGAACUUAACCUGACCGCACAUCUGGUGGUAGUUAUGGGGACUCAAUUUUUUGAGGGCCGGGAGCACCGAUACAUUGACUACCCCAUCAGCGAAAUUCUGCAAAUGUUUGGCAAAGCUUCUCGUCCCGGCCAGGAUAAGAUUGGCCGCGGUGUUCUCAUGGUUCCCACGGUCAAGCGUGAAUACUAUAAGAAAUUCCUCAAUGAGGCGUUACCGGUGGAGAGUCACUUGCAGCUCUACAUGCAUGAUGCGUUUGUCACUGAGAUCAGCCAGGGAACAAUUGCGUCCACUCAAGAUUCUGUUGACUGGAUGACGUACACAUAUUUCUACCGACGUCUUCUGGCCAACCCGAGCUUCUACGGUCUCACCGAUGUCAGCCAUGAAGGGCUUAGUACAUUCUUGUCGGAGCUGGUGGAAAACACACUGAAGGAACUGUCUGAAGCUAAGAUCAUUGACCUGGACGAAGAGGAUGACACUGUUUCGCCUCUGAAUGCUGCAUCCAUCGGCGCCUACUACAAUAUCUCGUAUAUCACCAUGCAGACUUUCCUCCUUUCCUUGUCAGCGCGAACGAAGCUCAAGGGUAUCCUGGAGAUUGUCACUUCGGCGACGGAGUUUGAGUCAGUUCAAAUGCGACGCCACGAGGAUCACAUCCUCCGCCGGGUGUACGACCGCAUUCCGGUCAAGAUGUCGCAAGCUGCCUACGACUCACCCCACUUCAAAUCCUUCGUCCUCCUUCAAGCCCAUUUCUCACGCAUGCACCUGCCUAUCGAUUUGGCUAAGGAUCAAGAAGUUAUUGUUAGCAGAGUUCUUAACCUUCUCAGCGCUUGUGUGGACAUCCUCGCUUCGGAAGGCCAUAUGAACGCCAUGAACGCCAUGGAGAUGUCACAGAUGGUGGUUCAGGCCAUGUGGGAUCGUGACAGUCCCCUCAAGCAAAUUCCUCAUUUCAGCCCCGAUGUCAUCAAGGUUGCCAACGAGUAUAAGAUCAAUGACAUCUUCGAGUUCAUGGAAGCGAUGGACCCGUCCGAGAACAAGGACUAUGCUACCCUGGUUAAGCGUCUGAGUCUCGACAACAAGCAGCUCGCACAGGCAGCUGCGUUUACCAACAACAAAUACCCCAUUCUCGAACUUGAUAUGGAAGUCGAGGACCCGGAGAACAUUACCGCCGGCGAACCUUCGUAUCUGAAGAUCAAGGUCGAGCGCGAGGUAGAGGAAGAUGAGGAAGUCGACGCAACUGUCCACGCACCUUUCUACCCCAACCAGAAGAUGGAAAACUGGUGGCUGGUCGUUGGCGAUGAGAAAACAAAGAGUCUGCUUGCGAUCAAGCGAGUCACCAUCGGUCGCAAGUUGGAGCUCCGUCUGGACUACACCGUGCCUACGCCUGGUGAGCAUGAGCUGACGCUAUACCUAAUGUCUGACAGCUAUGUUGGCGUAGACCAAGCUCCCACAUUCACGGUCACAGCUGCUGAAGGCAUGGAAGAGGAUGAAAGCGAGGAGGAGGAGGAGUGA